AUGGGUAUCCUCGAGAAGAUCAAGGACAUAGAGCUGGAGAUGAGCAGGACGCAGAAGAACAAGGCGACGGAGGGUCACCUCGGCAUCCUCAAGUCCAAGCUCGCCAAGCUCCGCACCGAGCUCCUCGCUCCCUCAAAGUCCGGCGGCGGCGAGGGCGACGGGUUCGAGGUGUCCAAGUACGGCCACGGUCGCGUCGCGCUCAUCGGUUUCCCGUCGGUGGGCAAGUCCACGCUGCUCACCCAGCUCACCGGCACCGACUCCGAGGCGGCCGCGUACGAGUUUACCACGCUCACCUGCAUCCCGGGCGUGAUCCACUACAACGACGCGAAGAUCCAGCUGCUAGAUCUCCCCGGGAUCAUCGAGGGCGCGAGCGAGGGCAAGGGCCGCGGCAGGCAGGUCAUCGCGGUCGCCAAGUCGUCCGACCUCAUCCUGAUGGUCCUCGACGCGACCAAGUCGGAGGCGGCUAACUCGCGCUACGCGCACAAGGAGAUCCUCACCAGGGAGCUCGAGGCGGUGGGCCUGCGCCUGAACCAGACCCCGCCGCGGGUGUACAUCAAGAAGAAACACAGCGGCGGCGUCCAGGUGAACAACACCGUCCCGGGCGGGCUCACGAGAAUCGACGAGAGCACCGUGCUCAAGGUGCUCGCCGAGUACAAGAUACACCACUGCGAGCUGCUGAUCCGGGAGGACAUCGACGUGGACCAGCUCAUCGACGUGCUGGAGGGCAACAGGAAGUACAUACGGUGCCUGUACGUGUACAACAAGGUGGACGCCCUGACGAUCGAGGAGGUGGACUCGCUGUCGAGGCGCGCGGACUCCGUGUGCAUCUCGUGCUACCUCGAGCUCGGGAUGGACCAGCUGCUCCGACGGAUGUGGGCCGCGAUGGGCCUGGUUCGAGUGUACACGAAGAAGACGGGGAACAAACCGGAUUUCGACGAGCCGGUGGUGCUCGCGGAGCACAGAGGCGGCACGAGCGUCAAGGACUUCUGCGAUCAGAUUCACAACACGAUCGCCAAGAACCUCAAGUACGCCCAGGUUUGGGGCACGAGCGCGAAGCACAUGGGGCAGCGCGUGGGCGUGAAGCACGCGCUGGAGGACGAGGACGUGGUGCAGCUGGUGAAGGGGGACAAGGUGGACAAGGACGAGCUCAAGGGACGAUUCUCGGUGACGAAGAAGAACGACCCGGCUCGAAUCGCGGACAGGGUGAAGAAGGCUAAGCUCAAGACGUGA